AUGGGAUCGGAGGCGGACAUGACCGGGCCCCUCCUCGCCGGCGGCAGCGGCGCCGCGCCGGCGGCGGAGGCGGAGGUGGUGCCGCCGUGGCGGGAGCAGCUCACGGUGCGGGGCAUAGUGGUCAGCGCCAUCCUCGGGGUGCUCUUCUGCCUCAUCACGCACAAGCUCAACCUCACGGUGGGGAUCAUCCCCUCGCUCAACGUCGCCGCGGGGCUGCUCGGCUACUUCCUCGUGCGGACCUGGACGGCCGCGCUCGAGAGGUUCGGGAUCGUCUCCAAGCCCUUCACCAAGCAGGAGAACACCGUCAUCCAGACCUGCGUCGUCGCCUGCUACGGCCUCGCCUUCAGCGGUGGCUUUGGGUCGUAUAUGCUUGCAAUGGAUCAGAAAACUUAUGAGCUCAUCGGGACUGAUUAUCCUGGUAACAGGGCGGUAGAUGUUAAGAAUCCUUCACUGAGCUGGAUGAUCGGAUUCAUGUUUGUUGUUAGCUUUCUUGGUCUAUUUAGUCUUGUUGCGCUGCGCAAGGUGAUGGCAAUUGAUUACAAGCUGACCUAUCCUAGUGGAACUGCUACAGCUAUGUUGAUAAAUAGCUUCCACACUACUUCUGGAGCUGAACUUGCAGAAAAACAAGUUAGCUGUCUUGGAAAGUAUUUAAGCAUAAGUUUUAUCUGGAAUUGCUUUAAGUGGUUCUUCAGUGGUGUUGGGGAUUCUUGUGGCUUCGAUAAUUUCCCUUCUCUCGGACUUGCAGCAUUUAAGAACACGUUUUAUUUUGACUUCAGUCCAACCUAUAUUGGUUGUGGUCUAAUAUGCCCACACAUUGUUAAUUGCUCCACACUUCUUGGAGCCAUCAUAUCUUGGGGUUUUCUCUGGCCGUAUAUAUCCACAAAAGCUGGGGAAUGGUACCCAGCUGGCCUCGGAAGCAAUGAUUUCAAAGGGCUCUAUGGAUACAAGGUUUUUAUCUCUGUAUCUGUGAUACUUGGUGAUGGUAUCUAUAACCUCAUCAAGAUCAUUUAUGCUACUAUCAAGGAAAUAAUGAAUGCACGAUCAAAGCAAGGAAGGCUUCCCCUUGUCCGGGCUCAGGAUGAUGAUGAAAGUUCUGAAUUAUCUUCCGAAGAGAAGCUUCUGAAUGAUGUAUUUGUAAAGGACAGUAUCCCUCCCUGGUUAGCAGGAUCUGGUUAUGUGGGGCUUGCAGCAAUUUCAACUGCAACUGUACCAAUGAUGUUCCCACAGCUCAAGUCGUACCUUGUCCUUUCUGCCUAUGUUGUUGCACCCCUACUCGCCUUCUGCAACUCAUACGGCACUGGCCUAACAGACUGGAACCUUGCAUCCACAUACGGAAAGAUUGGUCUUUUCAUUUUUGCCUCAUGGGUUGGCCAGCAUGGUGGUGUGAUCGCCGGCUUAGCAGCUUGUGGUGUCAUGAUGUCCAUAGUAUCCACAGCCGCUGAUCUCAUGCAGGACUUCAAGACUGGUUACCUGACCCUCUCUUCACCAAGGUCCAUGUUUGUGUCACAGUUGAUUGGGACUGCCCUUGGCUGUGUCAUUGCUCCUCUCACCUUCUGGCUUUACUGGACGGCCUUUGACAUUGGCAAUCCUGAUGGCAUGUUCAAAGCUCCAUAUGCUGUCAUCUUCCGUGAGAUGGCGAUUUUGGGCGUCGAAGGAUUCUCGGCCCUCCCCCAACACUGCCUAGCAAUCUGCUCUUUCUUCUUCUUUGCAGCCAUAGCGAUCAACCUCCUGAGGGACGUCACUCCAGACAGCGUGUCCAAAUUCAUCCCGCUCCCGAUGGCCAUGGCUGUUCCCUUCUACAUUGGAGCGUAUUUUGCGAUUGACAUGUUUGUUGGGACGGUCAUCCUGUUUGUCUGGGAGAAGAUUAACCGCAAGGAGUCGGAGGACUUUGCAGGCGCGGUUGCUUCGGGUUUGAUCUGCGGUGAUGGGUGCUCGGCAUCGUACAUCUUCGCCAUGGACAGGAAGACGUAUGAGCUCGUCGGGCCUGACUAUCCGGGUAACCGAGUGGAAGACGUCAAAGAUCCCUCGCUUGGUUGGAUGAUCGGUUUUCUGUUCCUCGUUGCUCUCCUCGGGCCAUUUGCCAUUGUCAUGCUACGAAAGGUAUUGGUGGUUGAUUACAAGCUUGCAUUUCCUGGUGGGACAGCUACAGCUCUGAUGAUUAAUAGCUUGCAUGGAGAAAAAGAAGCUGACGUUACAGGAAAGAAAGUCAGUUGCCUUGUAAAGUACAUGGGCCUUAGUUUUGGCUGGAGCUUCUUUAAGUGGUUCUUUAGUGGUGUUGGUGACUCCUGUGGUUUUGACAAUUUCCCAACAUUUGGAGUUGCAGCUUUUAAGAACACGUUUUAUUUCAACUUCAAUCCCAGUUAUGUUGGGUAUGGUCUUAUUUCUCCCCAUAUUGUUAACUGUUCAGUUUUUCUUGGAUCAGUCAUAUCAUGGGGUUUCCUUUGGCCAUUUAUCACAAAGCGAGCUGGUGACUGGUACCCAGAUAACCUUAGUAGCAGUGACUUCAGAGGCCUAUAUGGUUACAAGGUUUUUGUAGCCGUUUCCAUCAUACUUGGAGAUGGCCUCUACAACUUAGUAAAAAUCUUUGUUGUUAUUGCAAGAGGAAUUUGUAAUGUGCAAUUGACAAAAGGUGAUCAGCCUGUUCAAGCUCUUCAAGAUAACAAGAACUCUAGACAGUUAAUGGAUGACGAGCUUCAAAUUGAGAUAUUCUUCAAAGAUAGGAUACCAACAUGGUUUGCUGUUUGUGGUUACAUUGUACUUGCAGCAAUAUCCACCGUAGCUGUGCCCACCAUAUUUCCCCAGCUGAAGUGGUAUCUUGUGCUUGUCUGCUACUUACUUGCUCCGGCCAUUGCCUUCUGCAACUCCUACGGGAUGGGCCUCACAAACUUGAACCUUGCACCCACCUAUGGCAAGAUUGCCCUCUUUAUAUUUGCCUCGCUCGUCGGCAGCAGCGAUGGUGGCGUCAUUGCCGGCCUUGCAGCAUGUGGCAUAAUCAUGUCCAUUGCCUGCUCUGCGGCAGAUCUGAUGCAGGACUUCAAGUGCGGCUACCUCACCCUCUCUUCACCGCGUUCAAUGUUCAUCUCCCAGCUAACUGGCGUCGUGCUCGGAUGCGUCAUUGCUCCGCUCACACUGUGGCUCUUCUGGGCGGCCUUCGAUAUCGGCGACCCUGAUGGUGAGUACAAGGCCCCAUUCGCCAUCAUCUUCAGGGAGAUGGCCAUUCUCGGGGUCGAAGGUGUUGCCGCUCUGCCCCAGCACUGCCUCGAGAUCUGUUGCGCAUUCUUCUUGGCCGCGAUGGCCGUCAAUCUCCUGAGGGAUGUGACGCCCGCCAGUGCGUCGAGGUUCAUCCCCAUACCGAUGGCGAUGGCUGUGCCGUUCUAUAUUGGCGCUUUCUUCGGCGUGGACAUGUUGAUUGGGACGGUAAUCUUGUUCGUGUGGCAGAAGUUGAACGGGAGGGGUGCUGAUGAUUAUGCGGUGGCAGUGGCGUCCGGGCUGAUCUGCGGGGAUGGUAUAUGGAGCAUUCCAUCUGCUGUUCUGUCCAUCCUGAGAAUUGAUCCGCCGGUCUGCAUGGCCUUCAGGCCGUCCUCUGCCUUUUCCAGGUGA